AGGGAGGGAGGUGUUCACAUCAGUUAGAGAGAGACAGAAGGAAAGGGGAAACACAGAGAGAGAGAGAGAGAGAGAGAGGGAGGGGGUUGUGUGUGUAUAUCUGUGUAUUACUGUGUCUCUAUGUGCGCGCGUGAGUGUGUGUGUGUGUGUGUGUGUGUGUAGAGUGCAGUGCCGAUAGUGAUCACACGGGCUUUAAAUAAAACCCUCCAGCGUGUAUGCGCUCGACCCGCAAAGGAGAGGAAGUGAGAGAGAGAGAGAGACAGAGAAAGAGAGAGAGAGAAAAAAAGAGAAAGAACGAGGGAAGGAGAGAGAAGGAACGAGUGAACACGAACAGGAUCAAAAAUUUUAAAAGCACAAGAUGGCUUCCUGAAUGGACAGAAAAAGAGAGUUAGAGAGGAGAAAAUAAGAAGGGGAAAGGUCGAGAGAGAGAAGAAGAAACACAGAAAGCGAGAGAUAGCUGAGAGGCUUUUGAUGGGGAUACGAGUAGCUGGUGGUGAGAAGAAACAACAGGACUGAGAGGACGGCGGACCAUUCUGACGACGGUAUUAGAGCGCACACCUCGACCCCCAACCUGGCCACAGAGACUGUUUCAGUGGCGGGUUCAGUGGAUGGCCCCAGCAGAAGUGGCCAGAUGGAAAUUGACCAUGGAUGCCUGGACAAAGGCGUAUUGAACCAGGCGCUGUCCAAUGGGCUCAAUCAGCAUGGAGAAGAAAUAAAUAGUCUUGAAGGUGCAACUUUGGCAAAGCUUAGCCACCAGAACCAGGAGACAUUAACAUGUCUUCCCCAGUCACAGGGAUGGGGACCUGGGAAUCUGAAAGUAUCCUCUACCCCUCAGCAGCAGGAAGCAGGCUGGAGUGACCAGAGCACAAGUAGCUUGGGGGACAGCGUAGACAUGGAGAAUGCUAGAACUCUGGUGGCCUUCUCAGCUAGUGCAGGUUCCUUACCCCCUUGCAGUGUUCCUCAACCUACUCAUAACCCUAAUACACAGCUGUAUGAGAAAUUCAACCGGGAAAUGGCCAAUCGAAGGGAUGACAAUAAGCAAAAAACAUGGAUUGGUGAUGAUCAGCACUGCACUUCAGAGGAUCUGAACACCCUCCAGAUGGCUUUAAAUCAAGCCCGUCAUGGUCACAAACCGCCAAACUGUGACUGCGAUGGACCUGACUGUCCUGAUUACCUUGAAUGGCUGGAAAAGAAGAUCAAAAUGGCAGGCAAUGGCCAGGAAAAAGGUCUUUGCAAGUUAUCUGGUGCUUCUCAGACAGAACAACAACACUAUCAGUCUCAGCCACAACCUCAACCAAAUGGUGCAAACAACACUUGUGGGUCAGAACCACAAUCACAGAACUCUGUUAACCAGCCUCCUGCCCCAAGACCUUAUUGCCCUCUACCACCUAUUCCCUGUUCUCCAAGUGUGCUAUCCAUUGCUAAAGAGAGGAAUGUCAGUCUACAGACAGCUAUUGCCAUUGAGGCCCUGACCCAACUAUCUGGCACUAGUGGGCCUGUGGGAGAGUCAACAUUUGGAAACUCCAACCAUGCUUCAGUUCAGCCCCCAUCUCAAACCCAAGAUGCGCUGCGAUUAACUGCUUCUUCACCUGGAUCCCUUUCAUCAUUGCCUGCUUCCACUGUACCCCAAUCUUUCUCAUCUGGGCAUUUUACUCAACAAAAUUCUGCUUCAUGGGAGCAACACAGCCUUGAGUCACAGGGUCCCGCACAUCAAUCCUCCCAAUACAGGCCCUCCAACUCCCCUUUUUCAAUCUCACACCCAUCAACCCCAAGUCCAUCACCUCACCACUGGCAACAGAGCACUGGAGCAAGCUGUGAGAAAAGCUCUCCUAGGAAUCCAUGGAUGUUAAAAUCUGAAAAUCAGGCUUGUUUUCCACACCCUUCCCAUGGCAGCAGUGACCCAAUGUCUGAAUUGAAACAGCUUCUAGGAGACAGAAGUGGAAAGUACAAUAGUACUACCUUCAAGUUUCCCGCCCCACCUCAAAAUCUGAAGGACAACCUAGUGAUGCCUCAUGUCAAACCAGAGGUCAACAAUAGGGACUUUCCAGUUGAUGGAAUGCUAAAUAGUCAGCAGCAGUUUCAAAGCCAGCAGAUUUCUCAGUCUAUUAGAAACUCAACUCAGGCAGCACUGCAACAGCACCUUCAUCAUAAACGUAACCUCUUUUCUGGUCAUCAAACUUUCGAUAUGCGAGCACCAAUGACAUGCCAGACUCUCCGCAAAUGGUGGCCACAGUCUACACCGGAGAGUGCUCUAACUAUCAAGCAGGAACCCAGAGAACCCAAGAAGAAAAAGAACACACACAGUUCUCCUCAUCUUAAGCAGCCUAUGGGUGGACUGCUUGGUCCAUUGGGCACACCUCUUCCUAAACCUAAACAGAUUAUCAUUAAAAAGCCCAAGCAAAAAGCUUCUCAGCCUCUCUUUCUCCCACAGAUUCAGAUUGCAAUACAGAAGCCAAGCAUGUCUGUGAGUAUACCAUCCCAACCUACACCAUCUCUAAAUGUCAUGGAAGAUGUACUUCCUCCCUGUCUACCCCCAUAUAACUCCUCUCAGGUGGUAGUGAGCCAGGCAGCUCCUGCCCAAUCUCAGGAAUCAGUUUUAAACAGCAGUAGUACUCCCAUCUCUGGAAACACCCCCCUAAAUUCCAGCCCUCAUAAUGUCCCUGUGCCCCCUAGCCAGGAAGAACUGACUAGCUCAGAACCCACCAUAGUAGCUGAGGGCACCCUGGCUGCCACCACUUCCACAAAUCAGACUGCCACAUCUCAGUCCACUCCACCUUUAUGUGGCCUCAGUUCCUUAGAUCCAAAAUUCGAGGAACUUAUUCGUCAGUUUGAGGAAGAAUUUGGGGACACAUCUACCACUGUCACAGAUGCUCCAGAGCAAGGCUUUGCUCCUUAUGUAGUAACUGAGUCACAUCCAAAUCAGGACAACUCAGGACAAGCCAGACCCCAGUCACCAGACCUAGAAAAACUCAACAAGGUUCUGGUCCCAACAAAUGAGCCUGAACCCAAUCUGAAGCCGGCUGAGAGAGAGAAUUCAGAGACAUCCAUGUCCUCCAACCAGCUUUCUGCCAUCAAACAAGAAGAUGAAGAGUGUGAAGUAGAUGUUAAGCCCUCAGAUCAGCUACUGGCUCUGGCAACAGAAGCGUAUCUGCAGCAACAACAUCACAAAAUCCUUGUAAACCCCUUCACAACAGCCUGCUCUCCCCCGACCAAACGCAUGAAGAUUGAAUCAUCUGGCGGUGUAACGGUGCUUUCCACCACUGCCAAUUUCUCCACUGCAGGGGAGAAUCUAGAUACACCCACAAAAGAGAGUUUUCCCUCAUCCCCUUCACUAAAAGGUUUUUUGGAAUCUCCGCUACACUACUUAGAUACCCCAACCAAGAGUCUUCUGGAUACACCUGUAAAGAAUUCUCAAGCAGACUUCCCCAUCUGUGACUGUGUGGAGCAAAUCAUAGAGAAAGAUGAAGGCCCAUACUACAAUCAUUUGGGAUCAGGGCCAACUGUGGCUUCAAUAAGAGAGCUUAUGGAAAACAGGUACGGUGAAAAGGGUGAAGCCAUCCGUAUUGAGAAGGUAGUGUACACAGGAAGGGAAGGCAAGAGCUCCCAGGGAUGUCCUAUCGCAAAAUGGGUGAUCCGUCGCAGCAGCGAGAAAGAGAAGUUGCUGUGCCUGGUGAGGCAUCGGGCCGGGCACCACUGUGCCAACGCUGUUAUCAUAGUUGUCAUUAUAUCAUGGGAGGGCAUCCCAAAGGCUCUUGGUGAUAAACUUUAUCGAGAGAUCACCGAGACCAUCACCAAAUACGGCAACCCCACCAGUCGCCGUUGUGGCCUCAAUGAAGACCGUACUUGUGCAUGCCAGGGUAAAGACCCCGAGACCUGCGGUGCUUCGUUCUCUUUUGGGUGUUCUUGGAGCAUGUACUUUAAUGGGUGUAAAUAUGCUCGCAGCAAAAUCCCCCGCAAAUUCAGACUGCAGGGAGAACACCCCAAAGAGGAGGAACUUCUCAGGGAUAACUUCCAGGAAUUGGCCACUAAAGUGGCACCUGUAUAUAAGAUGCUGGCCCCUCAGGCAUACCAAAACCAGUGUUUAACUGAGAAAAUGGCUUUGGACUGUCGGCUGGGGCUCAAAGAAGGACGACCCUUUUCUGGCAUCACUGCAUGCAUGGACUUCUGUGCCCAUGCUCACAAAGACCAACAUAACCUCCAUAACGGCUGCACUGUGGUUUGCACGCUUACAAAAGAGGACAAUCGGGCAGUGGGCGUAAUCCCAGAGGACGAACAGCUGCACGUGCUUCCGCUUUAUAAGAUUUCUUUGACUGAUGAGUUUGGCAGUGAAGAGAACCAGCGGCUAAAGAUGAAAACCGGUGCAAUCCAGGUGCUUGACAAGUUCCGCCGGGAGGUCCGGAAGCUUCCGGAGCCUGCCAAGUCCUGCCGGCAGCGGCGGCUAGAGGCCAAGAAAGCUGCGUCUGAGAAAAAGAACAAGAGACAGCAGCUGUCUGAGACACCAGAAAAGACAAUUAAGAAAGAAGUUUCUCUGCAUGGCAAUAAAGCAAUUCCAAAACAAGAGGUGAAGCCCACCAUCAAAAAAGAAUCAGCUGACCACUUUCAGGCCAUCAAUGGAGCCUUGAAUGGCUACCCACCCAUUGGGAAUGCCAAAAUGUGUCAUGAUACCUACAGUAUGAAUGGUGCCUACUCUUCCAUUCCUGGUCCCUAUGCAAGAGGUAGUCUGCCUUCCAACAGCCAGUCUUCUACACAUAGCCCCAUCAAUGGCUUCCAUCCAAACCUUCAAGGGAUGCCCUACAAUUACAACUAUGCUACGAAAGGUCUUUUGCCCCCUGAAGUCUUAGGUUAUAUGGCUCAUAAUGGGACCUCUCACAAGGCUGUUGGAGAAGAACAGAAACCCAAUGUCCAGAGUCUUCACACCAGGCUGGUUCCAAACCAUGCUGAUCACCACCACCAACAAGGGGUCAGCAUGACCAACCAUAGCUACAUACACCAGUCUGAGCUUUCUGAGACUACAGCACCACUUAAACGUGCUCCAUCUGCACCUCCAGAUCAGAUGCACCGUGUCACACCAAUCAUCAAGCAGGAGCCCAUGGAAGUACCGCUAUAUGACAGCAGAACAGACGGGCAAGUCCGAAGUUGCCCCGUCACUCCCAGUGUCACCCCACAACCCGACACCUGGCACACACCCAAUGGCAGCUUAGCAUCCAAGGGCUGGGAUGGAAAUCUCAGACCAGGCCAAGCUAAUUCACCCUUCACUCCAGAAAAGCAGAUGCUUCACCAGCAGCACCAUAACCAACUUCAGCAUUUUAAAUAUGCCCAACAGCAGCAACAAUGGCGCUCCUACCCUGGUACUCCAGUAGCCUCCCCUAGUCCCACUCCAACUCUCAAGACAGGUCUAUCUCCAGCUCCUUCCCCUCACCCAGCAACCCCACAGCACUGGGUCAGCCCUGCCCCCAGUCCACAGCCCAGAGCUUGGGUUCAACCAGGGUCCUUGGGUUAUGGUCAUGGUGCACUUAGACAGGGAACCCCUGUUGGGGCUUUCCCAGACAAGAUGCUGGCUGAGGCUGCAGAGGUCCGUGGCUCCACUCCCCUGGGCCUUGAGGAGAAGGCAUGGAAAUUUGGAGGUGCAUCUGCAGCAGGAAGCAAUCCAUCCCCUGCUCCAGAAGGUCGCCUGUUUCCAGAUGCACUGCAGAAGUUGAACGGACAAGCAUGCUGGGAUAGUGAGGUAGAAUGUGAACGAGAGCCAGAAGAAGAGGAGGUGUGGUCGGACAGCGAGCACAACUUCCUGGAUCCCAACAUUGGCGGAGUAGCAGUAGCUCCUGCACACGGGUCCAUUCUUAUUGAAUGUGCCAGACGGGAGCUACAUGCCACCACUCCCUUGAAAAAACCAGACCGAAGUCACCCGACCCGCAUCUCCCUGGUGUUCUACCAGCAUAAGAAUUUGAAUCAGCCCUGUCAUGGACUGGCACUGUGGGAAGCCAAAAUGAAGCUGCUAGCUGAGAGAGCAAGGCAGAGGCAACAAGAGGCAGCUCUUCUAGGUCUUUCACAGGAAGACAUCAAAGCUUACACAAAGAAGCGCAAGUGGGCAGAUGGAAUAUUAAGUUCAACCUCUGAGCCAACAAAAGACAAGCGUGAAGUGGUAACCCGGCUGGCCCCAACACUGCACACCACCAACACGGUCACAGCGUCACCCUAUGCCUUCACUCGAGUCACUGGGCCAUACAGUUGCUUCAUAUGACCUCUGAAUGAACGGUUGCAGAAAAUGGAAGUACAGGAAAAAAAAAAACUCUCCCUACUCUGUAUCUUCUCCCUGACCAACCAGAGAGAUGGUGGAUAGACAAUUUUUUAAUUUUUAUUAUUUUUUUUUUUACCUCAUGUUUUGGUAGCAGUUUGGGAGUCCCCCAAAUGAACAUGCUGCCUAUGGUGCUCUUGUUCUCUCCAAAAUGGAAGGGAUUUCAUAGUUUACCCUUCCUAAGUGAAUUUAAUGAUUCUAAUAUUAUUUCUAUUAUCAAUAUUAUGAUUGCUAUUGUUACUGUCGAUGUUAUUACAGGUAUUGUUAUAUUAUGAAGAUGACUAUUUUUUAUUUUAAAUUGUAUUGUUUUUCCUCAGUGUCAUUAUGAUUGUUUAAAGCCCCCUACCCUCUACGAUGAGGCUCUUGUCUUCAUCGCUCUUCCUUGUUCAAUAUGAAUGUGUGAACAAGAUGAAUGGAUUUUUUUUAAUUUUUUUUUUUUUGCUUUUUACCCAUCAACCUCUUCAUAAAACAGCACCUUUACAUCAAUGCAAGCCAAGAGUCUACGACACAAGACACUCUGGAGAAGGACGGGGUUUGUAAGUGGGCUAGUUCUAAUUCUGUGGUGACCGUGUAAGACCAAAUCAUAUUUACAGAAUCUGUGGCACCGUUGCUGGCCUUUCUACUUAGUGCCACUCAAAGUGGCACCUACAGAGUAGGUUCCUGGUGCUUUAUUCCUGUCUUUGCUGUCAUUUGCCCUCAUCAUCAUUGCAGCUGGCAAUGGACCAAGGUGCUCUUUAACGGCAGAAAAAGUCCAGUUAAGCAACCAGCUGACCUGAAUAGAUGUCAUUGCCUGAGGCUUUCUCAUCAUCAACCAGACGGUGCUGACUCGUUUCUUUAUUGGUGCAGUAUCUAGUUUCUAUCCAUGAGACAGCAGUAAGUCAAUGCUCUCUCUGAGGUGCUAGUGCAGUUUGACCCACCCUAACAAUGCCCUAAAAUUUCCUAGCGUGGGACCUGUACUCUGCAUCGCAAACGAACUUAUUUUAACUUGUAAACUUCUGGAGGUGUAAAACUCUCCUCCGAACGUGAGGUAGUUAGCUGACAGGCUAAAGCUUCAGUGAAAGAGAGAUCAUUUAAGAGGCUUGGUGCUACUCACUAGUCUUUCCAUAUGCCUCUUUGUCUGCUUUCGCCCUUACAGCCGAUCUCCCCAUAAUACCUGGAAUUUAGGUGCUUCUGUCUAAGUAUAAAUGUGGGGAGAGCUGAAGGGCUGCAGUUGGUUUACAAAAGGCAGUAGGCUUCUUGGUGCUUACAGAUCAGAGAUAGUCUGGUGCUUUUGAAGCUGUCCUUUAGCUCUUUACCUCAUGUUGAGACGUUGACCCGGUCACAACAUGCUACUAAUACACGGGCUCUACAGACCGAAGGUCUUUGGCCUACAUCCGCAUAAUUAUCUACAUUUUUUUUUUUUUUUUUUAAUUAUUUAUUACAUAUAAUGACUAUGAUGAUUAUUGUUGUUGUGCUUGCUGUAAUUUUGUUUUCAUUUUAAACAAAUUGUAAAUAGAAGAAAAGAUUUUAUAAAAGCACUUUUAAUCUUGAUUUUAAGGAGGAAAAAUGACGAUAAUGGAAUAUUGACAACUUGAAUCCUAAUUUUUUUUAUGGAAUUUUAUUGGGAGAGAUAGAAAUGUAAAUAAUUAAAUAUUUAGGUAAGAUUAUUUAACUGGUGAGGAACAAAUCCCGAACGAUUCCUUUCAUUUUUAAGUGUCGGCAUGUUAAACCCUCAAUACUAGAAGAAGAAAGCUAGUCCUGGUCAGUACUCUUUCUCUGACACUUAUGGACGUUGCUGUGUAUCCUCUGUACUUUAGUGUACUGCUGUUCUUUUUUAAUAAGUACUGUACUUAGACCGAUACCUCUAAACAAGCACCUAUAGCAGCUUCCUUUUUCCAACACAUGAUCCAGACAGACUUGAGAACAAAACCUACACCACCACACGAUCUGAGGUUUUUUUUUUUUACGGGCUAAGAUCAUGUGACGUGAUGUAAUCACGUACACCUUCGAUCGCAGAUACGUUGAAAGAUUAAAAAAAAAAAGCUAAUCGAUUUCCUAUUUAAAAGCGCUUGUUCGAGUGAAAGGCUGUGCAUGUGUCUUGCACUGUAUCAGAUUUUCGAUAGGACGUGUGAUUUUUACGCCUUAGCGAGUUUCAUACGUUUAAUAUUAAGGUGUAAAUCUUUUUUUUUUUUUUUUUUUUUUUUUUUUUAGAUCAUUGUGUUUAUUUUUAUUUUUUGUUCUUGAAGCCACUUGAUUUCGUAUUUGUCAGAAGUUAAAUUUUUAAACAUGGUGCUACCUGUAGAGGUCACUGUAGAGACGCAGAGCAAAAUCUGUCAUUUUCAAAAUCUUUAUAUGAGCCGUUGUCUUGGUUUAAAGUGUAUAGGAAUCGUCUAUGGUGCUGACUGCAUUUUCAAAUUUUCCUCACUUAAGCAUGUUGAAAGAAUCUUAUAAUUAUUUUGUUUUCAAAAGCACUCAGAUGUUUUCACACACACACACACACACACACACACACACACACACACACACACACACACACACACACACACGCACACACAGAAAUGCUCUUUUUAACCCUAAUCCCAAACAACUGAAAAAUGGUACUUGAAGCAGGUAUUUAGAAUCAGUGAUAUACAGGUAGAAAACUUGUAUGCUAUGGAGAUGAAUAGACUGUUAAUAUUUUUUAUCAUUCUCCUGAUUAUACCCAGGUAUUCCUUAGUUUCUGUCUCACACGAAUACACUCAAGCUCAAAUGCUUUUUGUCCCCUCUCUUAAGCAUUCAGCAUCAAAAUCAUGAUCAUGCCAAUUUUUACUUAUUAAAUAAUGAUAAAAAAAAAAAAUGAACUCGAAUAACUGGCAGCUACAUUCCUAUUAGUUAAAGAUUGUUAUUGGUUCUAUUGUUUCAUGUCAAGUAUGCAGUAUGUUUUAAAGGUUUCUUUUGUUUGGUCUCUCCUUGUAGCUGUAUGGUGUAUUAUGUGAAUACAUAGUGUAUGUGGUAAAACCCACAAUACUGUUUUAUGUUCUUUAAAAGUAAAAAAAAAAAAAAAAAGAAUGAAAGAAAGAAAGAAAUAAAAAUAACUUUGCCUUCUCA